AUGAACUACGAGAACUAUGACCCCUGCUUUCCCGACCAACCAGUGGUCGACCUCUACCUUCCAGUAUGGGCUAGCUUGCCGUCUUUCCGGUCCAAACCAGCCUUCAUUUGGACAGAAAACGGUUCAGCUGGUCUCUCUGGAGGCUCUUCCCUGACCUAUGAGGAGCUAAACAAGUCAGUGACUUCCAUUUCCGGUCAGCUUCUUCUUUGUCAUUUACAGAGAGGUGACGCUGUUGUUGUUCUGUGCUCACCUGGGCUUGAGUUUGUCGAGAUCAUAUUUGGGUGUCAAAGGGCUGGCCUUUUGGCCGUUCCGAUUAGCCCUCCUGACCCAUCUUUCUCGAAGGAUAAUCAUCACCACCUUGUCAGAGUUCUCUCGCAGACAAAACCCAGAGCUGCCAUAGCAAGUAGUAGUUACAUCAAAGAUGUUCGACGACAUGUUUCUUCGAAUUCUAGCAACAAACAGCUGCGUGAGCUGUUGCAGAAGCUUCAAUGGAUUUCCACUGAGGACAUAAGAGGCAAGAACGUGGAGUUACAACAGCGUUUAUCGCCAUACAAUGGCUGUAAAUCGGACGAUGUGUACUUGAUACAGUACACGUCUGGUGCAACUGGAAUCCCAAAGCCAGUUCUUGUGAAAGCCGGUUCAGCAGCUCACAACGUCAGAAUAGCAAGGAAAGCAUAUGAUCUUCACCCGAAUAGCGUCAUCGUUUCUUGGUUGCCUCAGUACCAUGACUGUGGCCUUAUGUUCUUGUUACUAACCAUUGUGUCUGGUGCAACAAGUGUUUUAACAUCACCAGGUGCUUUCAUAAAGCGGCCUAGGCUAUGGCUCGAGUUGAUAACAGAGUUCAAGGCAACUUGCACCCCAGUUCCAUCUUUCACUUUGCCACUUGUGGUCAAGCGAGGUGGGAUUGAUAAAGGAACACUUCCUAUAACGCUAUGGAGCAUGAAGAACUUGAUUAUCAUCAACGAACCAAUUUACAAAGCUUCUGUUGAAGAAUUUGUUCAAGUUUUCGGGCCUUAUGGACUAAACCCAUUGUCUAUUUCUCCAUCAUAUGGCUUAGCUGAGAACUGCACUUUCGUUUCAACAGCAUGGAAAAAUGGAAGCAAUGCUAGUUUCCCAAGUUUCAACAAGCUCUUACCUAGUGCAAGGCUUGGUUAUAGCAGCAGAGAUGAAGAAGAAGAAGAAAUUGACAUUAUAGUUGUAAAUGAAGAAACUCACGAGCCUGUUGAGGAUGGGGUUGAAGGAGAGAUAUGGGUUUCGUCUCCGAGCAACGCCUCUGGCUACCUCGGCCACCCUUCUUUAACACGUGAAGUUUUUCAGGGGAGACUUAGCACCAAUCUGAGCCGGUGCUUCAUGCGAACCGGUGACAGAGGAAUAAUCAAAGGAGAAGAGAGAUAUCUCUUUGUCACUGGUCGAUCUUCAGACAUGAUAAAACUCCAAAAUGGUCAAGAAAUACAUCCUCAUUACAUUGAAACAACAGCUUAUAACAGUUCUCCAAAACUUCUACGAGCAGGUUGUCUUGCUGCAUUUAAGGUAUCAAGAACAGUGGCCAUUGUUGCAGAGAUGCAAAGGAGUGAAGGAGAUAUUAGAGUUUUGAGUAAGAUAUGCGAAGGAGUGAGAGAAACUGUUAUAAAGGAAGAAGGAAUUGAAGUAGGAUUGGUGGUUCUUGUUAAUGGUGGAAAUGUUCCCAAGACUACUUCAGGGAAGAUACAAAGAUGGGCAGCCAAAGAUAAACUCUUAAGAGGUGAAAUGAAUGUAGUAUUGAAAAUACAGUUUGAUGAUCAUGAUCAUGGUCUCAGUUUGAAAUCUUUAAGGACAAUGGUUCAUGGCAGUGAAGGGAAAGAAGGAAGAAGAAGAGGUGAAGAGGGAAAGAAGCCAGUAGCUGAAGAGACUGAAGGGAUGUUUCUCUCUCCAUUCCUCCACUCUUCUCUUUAG